GAAAACCAAAAAAGCAAACCAUUUCCUCCCCAAACCCCAAAUGCCCGAUCCGAACCCGAUCGCCUAGAUCCGAACGCCUCCGGAGCCCCGCCGCGGCUUAAUCGGAUUUCCGAAGCUCAUUUCCGGCAAUGGAGUCCAUUCUGGCUCGCGCGCUGGAGUACACUCUCAAGUACUGGCUCAAAUCCUUCUCCCGAGACCAGUUCAAGCUGCAGGGACGCACUGUGCAGCUCUCCAAUCUAGAUAUGGACGGCGAUGCUUUGCACUCUAGCAUGGGAUUGCCGCCGGCGCUGCACGUCACCACGGCCAGAGUCGGAAAACUUGUGAUUGUGCUGCCAUCUGUGAGCAAUGUGCAAGUGGAACCGAUAGUGGUGCAGAUUGAUAAGCUCGAUUUGGUGUUGGAGGAGAAUGCCGAGUUGGAUGCGAGUAGCAGUCCGAGCAGUUCGCCGUCGUCCGCUACCUCCGGGAAAGGAAGUGGUUAUGGAUUUGCUGAUAAGAUUGCAGAUGGAAUGACUAUAGAGAUUCGCACAGUUAAUAUUCUACUUGAAACUCGUGGGGGUGGUCGCCAAGGAGGGGCAGCAUGGGCAUCGCCUUUGGCAUCUAUCACUAUACGGAACCUUUUGCUAUAUUCUACUAAUGAAAAUUGGGAGGUAGUAAAUCUUAAGGAAGCACGGGAGUUCUCCACCAACAAAAGGUUCAUUUAUGUUUUCAAAAAACUUGAGUGGCAAUCUUUGUCCAUCGAUCUCCUGCCUCACCCUGAUAUGUUCACGGAUGCUAAUAUAGCGUGUACUCAAAUGGGAGGAAACCAGAGAGAUGAUGAUGGUGCAAAGCGGGCUUUCUUUGGUGGGGAGCGCUUUAUAGAAGGAAUUUCAGGAGAAGCUUAUAUCACAGUGCAAAGGACUGAAUUAAAUAGUCCACUUGGGCUUGAGGUUCAGUUACAUAUCACGGAAGCCAUUUGUCCUGCAAUAAGUGAACCAGGACUACGUGCUCUUCUCCGGUUUAUGACUGGAUUAUAUGUCUGUCUGAGUCGAGGAGAUAUUGAUUCAAACACUCAACAGCGGUCAACUCAAGCAGCAGGCCGUUCUAUCGUUUCAAUUGUUGUGGACCACAUAUUUCUUUGCAUUAAAGAUACUGAAUUCAAGCUUGAACUUCUGAUGCAAUCACUCUUCUUUUCACGGGCAAGUGUUUCUGAUGGAGGGAUUGACAACAACUUGUCGAAGGUUAUGAUUGGUGGACUCUUUUUAAGGGAUACCUUUUCAAGACCUCCUUGCACCUUAGUGCAACCAUCAAUGCAUGCCAUUUCUGAGGAACCUGUGCAUGUUCCUGACUUUGGUAAGGACUUUUGCCCUCCCAUAUAUCCUUUGGGAGCUCAGCAGUGGCAGUUGAUCGAGGGUGUCCCUCUUUUAUGCCUUCAUUCUCUUCUGACCAAGCCCUCCCCUGAGCCUCCAGCUUUUGCUACACAAACAGUCAUUAAUUGCCAACCCCUGAUGAUUCAUCUUCAGGAAGGAUCCUGUCUGAGGAUCUCUUCCUUCCUGGCUGAUGGAAUUCUCGCCAGUCCUGGUGCUGUUUUACCGGAUUUCUCAGUAAAUUCCUUGAUUUUCAUCCUCAAGGAAUUAGAUGUUACUGUGCCUUUGGACGUGGACAAUUUGCGAAGUCGUGGUAACAACAGGAGCAGUAUCAAUCAGAGUUCCUUUUCUGGAGCAAGGCUUCACAUUGAGAACUUGUUCUUCUCAGAGUCACCUUCACUAAAACUAAGGUUACUGAAUUUGGACAAGGAUCCUGCUUGCUUUUGUCUCUGGAAAGGUCAACCAGUUGAUGCUAGCCAGAAGAAAUGGACUACUAGAUCAUCACACAUUAGUUUGUCCCUAGAAACAUGCACUGCAUCAGCUGGACUUCAGAGUUCUCUUGAUGGGACCUCAGGCUUGUGGAGAUGUAUUGAGCUGAAAGAUGCUUGCAUAGAAGUAGCUAUGGUAACUGCUGAUGGGAGCCCAUUAACAAAUGUUCCUCCUCCUGGUGGUAUUGUCAGGAUAGGGGUAGCGUGUGAAAAGUAUCUCUCAAAUACUUCUGUUGAACAGUUGUAUUUUGUUUUGGAUCUUUAUGCGUACUUUGGCAGAGUUAGUGAAAAGAUAGUUCUUGUUGGAAAGAGUACUAGACCAAAGAUCAAGGAUGAUUCCUUCAAAGGGAGGCUAAUUGACAAGGUUCCCAAUGAUACAGCAGUUAGUUUAGUGGUGAAUGAUCUUCAGCUACGAUUUCUGGAAUCAUCGUCCAUGCAAAUUGAAGGAAUGCCUCUAGUUCAGUUUGUUGGGCAUGAUCUCUUUAUAAGAGUCACUCACAGAACUCUUGGUGGUGCAGUUGCUGUUUCCUCCACUAUACGUUGGGAUAGUGUUGAGGUGGACUGCGUAGAUAGUGAGGGAAACUUGGCAAGUCAGAAUGGCACAGAAAAUGGUCAUGGUCUUUUGGCGAGUGGAAAUGGGUAUCCUCAACUAAGACCUGUCUUUUGGAUACAUAACCAAAUAAACCAUUUGUCAAAUGGUAAAGCUAUUGUGGAUCGAUUUCUUGACAUAAGCGUGGAAAAUGUAAUUCCUUUAAAUGAACAAGAUGUAGAAUGUCAUAGUUUGAGUGUGUCAGCUUGUAUUUCUGGCAUUCGCCUAGGUGGUGGAAUGAACUAUGCUGAAUCCUUGCUGCAUCGAUUCGGAAUACUUGACGUUGAUGGUGGUCCUGGGAAGGGGUUAUCUGAAGAGUUGGAGAAUUUACAAGCAGGCCCACUUUCAAAACUUUUCAAACCAUCGCCUCUCAUUGUUGAUUCUAAAGAGGAUGAAAGUUCAGGAGAUGGGAAAGGGGGCAAGGCUUUGCACUUGCCAGAUGAUGUGGACGUGUCCGUAGAAUUGAAAAAUUGGUUAUUUGCUCUUGAAGGUGCACACGAAAUUGCAGUGUUUAGGAGUUCCUACGAUCAGGAGGGUGUGCGCAGAGAAGAGAGGUCUUGGCACACAACAUUCCAUAAUCUGCACCUAAAAGGAAAAAGUAGUCCAAAACAAAUGAUGGAUGGUAUUAGGAAGUCAUACAGGACACCAAAAUUUCCUAUAGAAUUGGUGACGGUUGGUGUGGAAGGCUUGCAGAUCUUAAAGCCACAUGCCCAGAACUACAAUAAUCCUGCUGUCGUACACAUGAAUGGGAUCAAGGAAUCUGCAGGUGUAAAUCUUGAAAUUCGCCUGGUGACGAUGGAGGACAGUGUUGAUCAUGAAAUGGUUGAAUGGGUUGUAGAAAAUGUGAAAUUCUCUGUUGAGCAACCGAUUGAGGCGGUUGUAUCAAAGGAUGAGCUACAACAUCUUGUUGUUCUGUGCAAGUCAGAAGUUGACUCAAUGGGUCGAAUAACGGCUGGAAUUCUGCAGCUAUUUAAGUUGGAGGAGACCAUAGGCCAGGCUGCUAUGAAUCAACUGACCAACCUUGGAAGUGAGGGCUUCAACAAGAUCUUCUCCCCUGAGAAGCUCGGCAGAGGUAGCAGCUUCGGCAGUGUUGGGUUCCCUCAAUCAAAUUUGAUAAAUGAAUGCCCAAUUACAAGUACAACCACAUCAGAAAUGACUGUAGCUUCGCUUGAGGAGGUCGUUAUAGAUUCACAACUUAAGUGUGCUGCUCUUCUUACCGAACUGAGUAGUUCAGAUUCUUCCAUGCAACAUCUUGCAAGUGUAAAACAACUCACUCAAAAACUUCAGAGUAUGCAGAGUUUAUUGACACAACUAAAAUCUCAGAUAUAGUUGGCGGCCAUUCUUUCCCCUGUAAUAUUUAGGGAUUAAAGUGAUCCCAUUCAAUAGCUUAACCAUUCUUUUUUGUAUAUAAACAGACAUAUUGGCAUGGUUGUCAGUAUAUUAUAUGUACCAGACUCUGUAACCAAUUUUGUAUGGAUUUGAGUUCCUAAAGUAAC